AUGUCGCGAAAUCUAUUUCGUCAAUCGACUUCCCAUGUCGUCCUGUCCCUUGGGAGAACGGCACUUCAGAUAACCGCUCAGUUCGCGCCCGUGCCAGCCAUGGCACCGCUAGCGGAGGUCAUCUGUGGUCUCAUGGUGCUUUGUCAGAAUGUGUCUCAAAAUCGGCAUGCGGCACAUCAGCUCCAAGAACGUUGUCAUCGUCUGGCUCUUGCUGUAUUUGACAGAGCAGUCGCCAACGACAACGUUGCGGCCGCUAUCGCUGGAGUGCUACAAUGUCUCCAAGGGAUCCAGCUAAGAAUGCAGCAAUGGACGUCAUACGGAAACUUCAAAGCAUUCGUCCGUCAAGAUGAAAUCGCCAAGGAUAUAGCGAAUUGUCAUGACCAACUAUCGGACUGCUUUACAGCAUUCCAGCUUGCCUCGCAGCUUGAAAUCCACAACUGGCAAGCUCAAUUCCAACAAGACAAGCAACGGGACUACAACGAGCUUCUUGGACAUCUGACUAAUCUCGAAAACUCACAAAGCCUCAUUCACGAGGCCAUGCAGGCGCAGCGCGAAGACACGCGGCAGCUCAUGUCCAUGAUGCAGACUCUCAUGGGUCAAAACAUCACGACUGCGGAGCACCAACACAGUGGACUCCCCAGCAAUCUAUUCGACUUGCAGACUCAUAGCCAAGAACUUCUUCCCGACUUUCAUCUUCGAAGAGGCGAAGUUAUCCGUUUGGGACAGUUCCCAGUUAGCGGAACACCGGCGAUGGAUAUAUACGAGGGGCUCUAUCUCCGGCGCCAAAAGGUCGCGAUUAAGGUCGUCCGCGCUGUAAACUCAGACGAGCGAAGCUUACGUCGCUUUAAACGCGAAGUUGAAAUAUGGAAGGAGCUGUGGAAGCGAGACCAAGGCAAACACGUCCUGCCCUUCUUUGGCUUUUGCCAGGAGGACGGACCAUUUCCUUAUAUGGUCUCGCCGUGGAUGCACAACGGGAAUGCUUUGACUUAUGUCAAGCAGCAAGACACGUCCAUUGACUACGUUAAACUAGUGCAAGGAAUUGCACAAGGCAUCCAUGUGCUCCAUUCUAUGUCUCCGGCGCCCGUUGUUCAUGGCGACAUCAAAGCGAACAACGUCAUGGUAGAUGGUCUAGGCAAUCCAUUGAUUGCAGACUUUGGACUAUCCAAGAUAGUCGAGGAUGUAACUGGGAUUCCUUUUAGCCAAAGUCGUGGUGUGAGCGACUCGUAUCGCUGGUUUGCGCCAGAGGUGUGCAUUGGCCAAGGGGUAUUGUCGCUUGGCUCAGAUGUCUAUGCGUAUGGCAUGACGGUUCUGGAGUUGUUUACACACGCCCAACCCUUCAGCGAGAUCAAGCACACUACAGAGGUUGUGAUUCGCACCUCUCAAGGCGUGCAGCCAACCAGGCCGCGUGAGCAAGCCGUGAUCAAUCGCGGUCUGAAUGAUGCUCUGUGGAAUCUGCUCUGUCACUGUUGGGCCAAGGACCCGUUGCGGAGACCCCGUAUUGAUGAGAUACUAGCCAUGUUUUGA